UUAACCCACUGAGCCACCCAGGUGCCCCUGCCUCUGCAUUUUGUGUACUAGUCAGGACUGCAGCAACCCUGGGUACCCAAAGAGUCACUGCUACAUCAGGUUCAUCUGAUUCCACCAGUGGCUUGAAAGUGGAUUCAUGAGGUGAUGGAAGACUUGGGUUGUGGGUUGUUACUGCCCACCCAUGGGACCAGACUCACUGGCCUGUCCCCCUGUGCUAUCUAUCACCUUCCUGCCGCCCCCAACAUCCGGCCAACGUCAGGCUUGGUGUUCAUCCUGGAGGGACCUGUCUCAGGGGCGGGCCAGGCAGUCAGACAAGUCUGACAGGUACCUUGGGAACCUGGGAUCUGGAGGGAGUGGUACCAAGGCAGUACCUUCUGCAGGGAGGGGCACCUAGUAUGCAGCUGCUGGUAGGCAAAGUACUGGGGUCAGAACUGGCAGAGACGUGCCAGGCAGAGGAAGGUGGCACCCAACAGGUAGGAAGAGCCCAAAGGCCCACUGGGGUCUGUCGUCGGGAAUCUCUGGCACCUGCUCUGGGUUUCUGUCAUUUCUCUGUGUUGCUGGGCUCCAAUCCUGAGGCUUGCGUGUCCUCUUUUCCUCAUCUGCCCCUCCUGGGAUCUGGUAUGGACCCCCCCAGAAUCGAACUAGUUCUUAGAGGUCCCCAUCUUUUGUUCCUCUCCAUGUUGGAGCCUCCCCAUUGCUUGUCUGGGGUCCUGCCUGGUGAUGAGUCCUCAGCUGUCAUCUCUGCCUCUUCCCCACCUAAGUCAAGCUUAGGACCUACCAUGCCCCCUGGGUCUGUCCCUGUCCCCCAGUCCUUUCCUCCCAUCUCUUGCUCCCUCCCUCCUCCAGUCUUGAUGCUUCUUCAACUCCCUACCUGGACACCCUUUUCCUUUGCUUCUACCCUGUGAGUCGCCUACCAUUCUAGCCUCUGCUCCUUGGCUCUACACCCCCCUUCUUUGCUUCUGUACUCCAGAGUGCAGCUCCUGACCCCCGCAGACCCUCCUCCGCUCUUCCACCGCCUGCGUUCCUGGCUGACGGGCCUCUCCCCUCAGGUCCCGUCCAGAUGCCCUGCCCUCGGCUGCCCUGGCUCCGCCGCUCCCGGGCCCCUCAGGGCUCAGGCCCCAGCUCCCAGAGCUCACUCUCUGCGCCCCGCUCACCCGGCGGGGAGGAAGGCCAAGACGACGACGGCGAGGAGGAGGAAGGGGACGGCAGCCCCGGCUUGGGCCCCAUCCUGACCCCCGCGUCCCCUGUGGAGUGUCUCAUUUGCGUGUCACCCUUCGACGGCGUCUUCAAGCUGCCCAAGCGCCUGGACUGCGGCCACGUCUUCUGCCUCGAGUGCCUGGCUCGCCUGUCCCUGGCCACGGCGGGGGGCGGCGACGCGGUGGCCUGUCCGGUGUGCCGCGCGCCCACGCGCCUGGCCCCGCGCCGAGGGCUGCCCGCGCUGCCCACACAACCGGGCCUGCUGCCCCGCGACGCGCGCGCGCCCCUGCCGCGCCAGGGCUCGGUGCGCUUCGACCGUCGCCGCGGCCUGCUGUACUUGCGGCCGCCGCCGCCGCCGCCGCCCGGGCCGCGCAAGUCCCGCGCCGCGCGCCAAUUGCCUUCC